AAAUACCGGACAGCCGCGGUGCGUUGCAGCUUUCCGACUUGAGCUACAGUGCUGGCUACGGGCGGAAAGACCCGCGCACCGCGACGACCCGAAAAACCCCAAAGAGACGCACAAGACACGGACGAGUGACAGACAAGCGGAGCGGCGACAUGGAGAGCCAGCGCCGGAGCGAAACUCUGGCGGACUUCUUCACUUCGGCCAGGUUCCUCAUCUACGUGGGCCACGCGCUCUCCACCUGGGGUGACAGGAUGUGGCACUUUGCGGUGUCCGUUUUUCUGGUUGAACUAUAUGGCAACAGCCUGCUGCUGACCGCCCUGUACGGGCUGGUGGUCUCUGCCUCCGUCUUGCUCUUGGGAGCCGUCAUUGGUGACUGGGUGGACAAGAACCCCAGAAUCAAAGUGGCCCAAACCUCCUUGGUGGUCCAGAACACGUCGGUCAUCCUGUGCGGGGUCCUGCUCAUGGUGGUCUUCCUGUACAAGGCUCAGCUGAACGUGUUGUUGGGCGGCUGGCUUCUGACCGUCUGCUACAUCUUCAUCAUCACCAUCGCCAAUGUGGCCAACCUGGCCAGCACCGCCAUGGGCAUCACCAUCCAGCGAGACUGGAUCAUCGUGGUGGCUGGAGAGAACCGCAACCGGCUUGCAAAUAUGAAUGCCACCGUACGGGUCAUCGACCAGCUGACCAACAUCCUGGCACCCAUGGCGGUGGGGCAGAUCAUCACCUUCGGCUCGCCGCUCAUCGGCUGCGUGUUCAUCUCCUGCUGGAACUUGUGCUCCAUGUGCCUCGAGUACUACCUCCUGCGCCUGGUGUAUCGCAAGACCCCAGCCCUGGCAGUCAAGGGUGGCAAGAAAGAUGCUGAGAGCAGUGAGGAGCUCCAGCAGCUCAGCACUGGCAAAGAGCUGGACGCUAAUGGCCAGCUGGCCAAAGAGGCCCCGGCCACAGCAGGGUGCUGCCAGCAGGUGGCAGAGCCAUUCCGCACCUUCCGUAACGGAUGGGUGGCCUACUACAAUCAGUCCAUCUUCCUGGCUGGCAUGGGGCUGGCGUUCCUCUACAUGACCGUGCUGGGCUUCGACUGCAUCACCACCGGCUAUGCCUACACCCAAGGCCUCAACGGCUCCAUCCUGAGUCUCCUGAUGGGCGCCUCAGCCAUCACGGGCAUCCUCGGGACAGUGGGCUUCACGCGGAUCCGCAAGUGCUGUGGCUUGGUGCGCACCGGCUUCAUCUCGGGCGUGCUGCAAUUCUCCUGCCUGGUGCUGUGUGUCGUCUCAGUCUUCAUGCCUGGCAGCCCCCUGGACCUGAACGUGUCACCCUUCAAAGACCUGCUGCGCCACCUGAUGGGCGAGCCCUCGCUGCCAGAGGCGACCCCAACGAGCACCGAACCCUACGGCUGGAUGAACGUCUCCACCGCGGCCCCGGACGAGAUGAUGCCCGAGGUCGAGUCCUACGUGUCCGUGAGCCUGCUGUUUGCCGGAGUCAUUGCUGCCCGAUUCGGCCUGUGGUCCUUCGACUUGACGGUGACCCAGCUCAUCCAGGAGAACGUCAUCGAGUCGGAGAGGGGCAUCAUCAACGGCGUCCAGAACUCCAUGAACUACCUGAUGGACCUCCUGCACUUCAUCAUGGUCAUCCUGGCGCCCAACCCCGAGGCCUUCGGUCUGCUCGUCCUCAUUUCCUUCUCCUUCGUGGCAGUGGGCCACAUCAUGUACUUCACUUAUGCCUACCGAUGCCUCCGGAGCCGCCUGUUUGUCUGCUGCGCGCCAGAGAAGGCGGGCGAGGGGCAGCCGGCGGACGAGUGCGAGAAGGCGUAGGGGGGGCAGCCGGCGAUCCCUCGUGUGGACAGGCGCUUUAGGGGCUUUGGACUUGUCGUGUGCAUCUCUCUCGGUGUGGUGCCUGUGGUGUCUUUCUACGUCGGUGGCAGUGACAAUGGCCGCUCUCGCCGCUGCUGUGAAGUGGAGGCGGACUCGGACUGCGGGCAGCGGAGCAGCGGGCGCCGGGCGCUCCGAGGUGGGGUCUUCCUGUGCGCCGGCAGCACAUUCCAGCGCGCGGCAGCGUCACGUGCUAAUAAAGGACUUCACUCCCACUG